GCAUGAUUCAUUUAUUUUUUAAGCAUUUUUUAUAUGGUAAAUUAUUUUAAUUUUUUUAAAAAAUUUUAAAGUAUCUCAAGAAACAUGUUCCGUCUCAAAACUGUCAAUUUUUUUUUACUUAUGACUUAAAUAUUUUUACAUUUAAUCAUUUGGUGGUACAAUAUUCUCUGUUUUCACUGUAGAAGCUCCUGUUAUUAAAACCAAUCACUCCAUAAUUUUUCAAUAUUGCGGUUGUGUGUUCGUUACGCGAGAGAGCAACCCGUAUAAGAUAUAAGAACACACAUCGCACGUGUAAUAUAUACAUCAAAACAAGUAUAGAGACAUAUGGCGGGAAACUCUGAUGCGAGGGAGCCAUUGAUAGAGGUGGAAGAAAUUGAAGUUAGCAGACGAAAAUGGUGGGACAGAGUGUUAGAUGCACAGGAGGCCAAACAACAGGUUCUCUUUUCUCUUCCCAUGAUAAUCACCAACGGUUUCUACUAUUUGAUUCCUCUUGUUUCAGUCAUGUUCGCCGGCCACCUUGGUCAGCUCAACCUUGCCGGAGCUACUCUCGCUAAUUCAUGGGCCACCGUCACCGGCUAUGCUUUCAUGAUUGGGUUAAGUGGAGCUCUUGAGACUCUAUGUGGGCAAGGAUUUGGAGCAAAGUCAUUCAAACUGCUUGGGAUUCAUCUACAAACGGCUUGUAUCACAUCCACCCUCUUCUCAAUCAUUAUCUCUUUCUUGUGGUUCUUUACUGAACCAUUACUUAUCUUUCUCCACCAAGAACAUCAAAUUGCUGAGACUGCAGGACUUUAUACCAAAUUUCUGAUACCUAGCAUAUUUGCUUUUGGUUAUAUUCAAAAUAUUUUGAGGUUUCUUCAGACACAGUCAGUUGUUAGGCCUUUGGUAUUGUUCUCAUCAAUCCCAUUGGUCUUUCACAUUGGUAUCACAUAUUGUUUGGUGCAUUUAACACCUCUUGGUUUUAAAGGAGCUCCAAUAGCAACAUCAGUCACACUCUGGUUAACCUUUUUAAUGUUGGCUGCAUAUGUCAUGUUCUCCAAGGAAUUUAAACUCACAUGGCAAGGAUUUUCACUUGAAUCCUUCAGUUACAUUCUCACAAACUUGAAACUUGCCCUUCCCUCUGCAACUAUGGUGUGCUUGGAAUAUUGGGCAUUUGAGAUUCUGGUGUUCUUAGCAGGACUGAUGCCAAACUCGGAAGUAACCACUUCACUAAUUGCAAUGUGUGUGAACACAGAAUCCAUAGCAUACAAUAUUUUGUAUGGCCUCAGUGCUGCAGCCAGCACAAGGGUGUCAAAUGAGUUAGGAGCAGACCGUCCAGACAAAGCUAAAAAUGCAAUGAUCGUUACCUUGAAGCUAUGUGGACUGCUUGGCUUUGUACUAGUGUUGGCUCUAGGAUUUGGACACAACAUCUGGGCUGGCUUAUUCAGUGACAGUUCUGAUAUAAUAAAAUCUUUUGCUUCCAUGACUCCUCUGCUUGCAAUAUCCAUAAUUGUUGAUUCUUUUCAGGGUGUCCUAUCAGGUGUGGCUAGAGGAUGCGGCUGGCAGCAUAUGGUUGUUUAUGUGAACUUGGCAACAUUUUAUUUCAUUGGCAUGACUGUUGCAGCUAUCCUUGGAUUUAAAUUUGAAUUCUAUGCCAAGGGCUUGUGGAUUGGUUUGAUAUGUGGUCUGUCAUGCCAAGCUGUCACCCUCAUGGUAAUAACAAUGCGCGCGCAGUGGACCAAAUUGCAACUGUCUGAAGAUAAGUCCGAGAAGGAAUACUCAAUUUCUGCUUGAAUAAUUGCUCUCAUUCAUAAGGGACACAACAUGCAUUAAAUAGAUGUAAAGAAAUGAAGUUUUGUAUGAGAUACCUCUUAUUAUUAGUUUGCGGGAUCGUGAAGAGAUUUAUUAAUGUAUUCAUAUCAUUGUCGGAAUUAAGCUGGCCCUACACAAUAGAACAACUGAUUUUUGAAUCUUUUUUUUAAUCUGAAGUACUAUUUAUUGGCCUA